AUGCUGAUGCUUCCAUCAUUGAAAAAGCUGGAGCAUUUGGAAGUCUUUUCAGUAGAAGGAUUGGAAUCUGUUACGGAUAAAUUUAUCAAGGAAUUUAUUGCUGCAAGUGGUGAUGGUAUCAGGGAACUGAUUCUGUCGGGUUGUAGGAAAUUAACUGAUUCUUCCUUGAAAAUCAUUGCGGAAACUUGUUCAUGUUUACGAGUACUUGACAUCGGUAUUGUACCCAAACUGAAAGACAAAUACUUGGCCAGUGGUUGUCGAUCAUUCGUUGAAACUCCGCUGCAACACUUUCAGCUUAUGGCACGGUCUUCUCUAUUAUGUUUUGCUAGUCGAUUCCUUGUAGUUGACAUUGUGUGUGAUGAUGCCAUAGCUGCAUUUCUUGAAAUGUCUGGGGAGGCUUUGAAAGAGCUGGCACUGAACAAUGUUGGGAAGGUCGGUCAUAAUACAGCCUUGUCACUCUCAAGACGCUCAAGAAAUUUGGUUAGUUUGGAUCUAUCGUGGUGCCGAAAUCUGACUGACGAAGCUAUGGGCUUGAUCGUAGAUAGGUGUUUAUCGCUGAGGGUGCUUAAACUUUUUGGAUGCACUCAGAUUACAGACGUCUUUCUAUAUGGUCACUCUAAUGCCAAUGUAGAAAUCAUUGGUUUGAAGUUGUCUUCACUUUUGGAACACAUAUAA